UUCUAUAUAAAUUUUGGAGAAGCCCAUGUAUGGAUUCUCAUUUGGUCUAAUCUCUUCUUCUUCAACCCCUUAAGUGAAGAACCUUCCGUAAAAAUGCCUGCACCAUUGGUAGCAGGACUGGCUAUAGCUGCCGCUGCAUAUGCUGGAAGGUAUGGAAUCCAGGCAUGGAAAGCAUUCAAGGCCAGACCUCCGACUGCAAGAAUGCGUAAGUUUUAUGAAGGAGGUUUUCAGCCUAAAAUGAACAGGAGGGAAGCAGCUCUUAUUCUUGGAGUCAGGGAAAGCGUUCAAGCAGAUAAAGUGAGGGAAGCGCAUAGGAAGGUGAUGGUAGCUAACCAUCCAGACGCAGGAGGUAGUCACUACCUUGCUUCUAAAAUUAAUGAAGCCAAAGACACCUUGCUUGGAAAUACGAAGAACAGUGGAUCUGCAUUUUAGGCUCAACAGAGUUUUUAGUGGUGCUAUAGAAGUUCCAAAUACUACGCUCUUUUAUAGGUAUUCAUGUUCUCCAGCAAUUAGAUAGUAGAAUAUUGAGGAUAGUAUAUAAUUCUUUUAAUCCAAAAGAUGCAUUCAGUUGGAUAAGUUAGCAUUUGUCACCUGCACUAGUUUACCGAUUGUUGGAAAUUUUGCUACUAGAGUUUUAACUAUCGAGUUAACUUGUACUUCAAUGCAUUGAUGACAGAUUUUUUCCUGC